AGUAAAAGUUAAAGGAUUUGCAAGAGUAAAUGAGCAAAAUAUUAAUAUUACAAAAAAACAAAGCUUUAUUGGCAAUGGUACAUCGAAAAUAAUUGAUAAUAUCAACGACAAUGACUUCCAAGCCGAUGUGUAGACUUUGCGGGGAACGCAAUUACAGCGGGGAAGCUAAGCACCUCUAUGGAGAUGAAGACUGCAGCGAGAUUAUUAACCAAAUUGAAAAAAUAACCGGCUUACGACUGGAUUUUUUUGACAACAUGCCAGAGCACAUAUGCCUCUUAUGUGAAUUUGAUUUGGGCGAAGCUAUUGACUUUCGAGAUAGAUGCAUAAACACACAUGAGCGGCUGUCCACUGAAUCAUUACAGAGUAUGCUGAAGGAUGUUGAUACAGAUAGGGCCAGUGUGGAAGGUAAAAAUACAGACCCUUCGGGCAGUCUUGAAGGCAACGCCAAACAGACGCCGGCAGAGGAGGACGUAAAUUACAUAGUUCCGAACUCAGACAGAGAAGCAAAUAGCGACGUCGAGUAUCCUUCAGCAACCGAAAACUCUCUACUUGACAGCCUUAAUGAUGGUGAAACCAAAAAAAGUCAUGACAACCAUGAUGCUUUAGCAGACAGUUCUGUGCUCACCAACUUCUUUUUUAACGACAAGAAAUCGGAUCUCUUAAUCAAUUAUGAUAAAACAAGUAAGGCCCCCGACGCGCAAUUAAAGGAAAAUACUAUAAAAAAGAAACCAAGACAAAUUCAUAAAAGAAGCAAACAAAAAGCGAACAAUAAAUGUAAUACAGGUUGUAUACUUAAAAAAAAGAGAAAAAAAAACGGUUCCCAGCAACGAUACAUGUUCGACCUUCUUUGUGAGCAAUGUGGACAGCAAUUUACGGAUAUAACAAAUCUUAAAUUACACUUACUUCGACACAGCGGAAUUCAGCCAUUUCCUUGCAAUUUGUGUGAACGGAAAUUUUACACAAACUGCUUUCUACAGCGACAUAUUCGUACCUUUCACGAAAACAUGAAUCCUUACCCAUGCCGCUAUGAAAACUGCGGUAAGAAAUUUAAAAAUUCCACAAUAAGAGGAAUUCAUGAGAGGAGACAUAUACGGGAUUAUCGAUAUGUAUGUGACAUAUGCGACAAAAGGUUUUGUACGGGAUGCAAGCUGCGAGAGCACCUCAGAGUGCACACCGGGGAGCUGCCAUUUAGGUGCGAUCUGUGCGACGUAGCAUUUGCACGCAGCUGCCAAUUAUGCCAACAUCGACAAACCAAGAAGCACAAAAAUAAUGUAAAGGAGAAUCCAUCAGGUUCAUAACCUUUCAGUCUGCGUGAAGUUGAGUCUGGAAAAUGGCUUUCAAACCUAUGUGCCGAAUAUGCGGUGAAAUCAAUUACAGCGGCAGUUCCAAGCACCUUUUUGAGAAUGAG